AUGGGUUCCGAGAACAAUAAUUAUGGAAUUCAGACUGAAAAUAACCAUGGCAAUAUAACUGCCGAGUUCCAUCCUCCAGUGCGACAGGAAACUCAGCCAGACCCUUUAUCCACAGUCCCGUUUUUCCGUGAUCCAGGAUUCGUUACUCGGAAGGCACUUGAUGAGAUUCAUGAGAAGAACUCUGUUCCGGGCUCAAGAAUAGCGCUUGUCGGUCUUGGGGGUGUGGGGAAAUCACAACUUGCUAUCGAAUACACCUAUCAGGUCCGAGACCGGUCGCCAUCAACAUGGAUUUUCUGGGUCCACGCCAGCAGUUCAUCUCGAUUUGAGCUAAGCUUCAGGGACAUUGCAUCCAGGGCCAGAAUCCCUGGACGGGACGAUCAUGACGCCAAAAUAUACAGUGUGGUUGAAGAUUGGCUUCAACACGAGAAGAGAGGAAAGUGGGUCAUGCUUCUUGAUAAUCUGGAUGAUCAUGAGCUCUUCCAUACCAAUGCAGCACAGGGUCAAGGUCCCAGUCAUCAUGCGACGCGACCAUUGUUGGACUAUAUUCCCCGAAAACUAAAUGGAUCUGUCAUCAUGACGAGUCGCAGUCAAGACAUUGCGCUCCGGUUUGUUCAAGAUUCGAGCCUUAUUCAAGUUGAACCAAUGGAAAGAUCAGAGGCAACCGAGCUUCUCAUGCGAAAGAUUGCCUUUUCAGACGAAGAAUUUUCACAGCAGAACCAAGAAAGUUUGGAAUUAAUGGAAGAGCUCGAUGAUGAGGGUAUAGAUACGAUGAUAGAUUUUGAUGCGGACCAUGACUUUGAAGACGAUGUUUUCGCCUUGAGGAGUUACUCAUUCAUUCACAUCGAGGACAAUAAUUUAUUUACAAUGCAUCGGCUAGUCCAGCUAGCGGCUCGAGUGUGGUUGGUGAGUCAUGACCAAGGGGAGCACUGGAAGGAACAUUUCAUUAUGAGGCUAUCCAAGGAGUUCCCGGACGGAAACUAUGAAAACUGGGUGAAGUGCCAGUCGCUUUUCCCACACGUGAAGGCAGCUCUAUCACAGCGGCCAGAAUCAGAGGUGUCUACCCUUGAAUGGGCCUCUCUGCUUUAUCGAGGCGCAUGGUAUGCAUUCAAAAAAGGAAACAUCACGGAUAUGCGCGAAAUGGUGUGGAAUUCAAGGAGACAAAGAAUCAAAAUAAUGGGCAAAGAAGCAGACGAGUCCUUGUCCAGCACUUUGAUGUUGGCAAAUGCAUACUGGCUCGAAGGGCGGUACAAAGAUGCUGAGACGCUCGAGCUUCAGGUGGUUGAGAUUCAUACGGUGAAGUUUGGCGAGAACCACCGCCACACGCUGAUCAGCAUGUCAAACCUGGCAGCGACUUAA